AUGGACGACACCCACGAAGUCGUUCGACGCACUCAGAAGACGGUUAUUGACACUUCGGGCACCGUUAUGGACACGCGCGGGGCUAUUAUCGGACCCGAAACUCUCUUGUUACAAUUGAGAGGAUCAUAUUUGACAUGUAGAAGACUUGUGGGAGACAUCAGAGCCAGCGCGUCAAAUCUACGUAAAUCAAAUGUUCAGAUCACGGAGAUAACCUUUGACCGUUGUAAGGGUUGGAAGGACGGCACUAGAGAGUCGAGGCUACGGUGCGUGCGGUAUUUUGGGCUUUUGGACAAAAUAUGCAUAACCGGGACGCGAACAGAGCAGGGGCAGGUGCAGCAUCAGCAGCAGCAUCAGCAGCAUCAGCAGCAGCAGGGGGGGGAGGAGGAGGAGGAGGAGGAGGAGGAGGAGGAGGAGGAGGAGGAGGAGGAGGAGGAGGAGGAGGAGGAGGAGGAGUUGGUGGUGGUGGUUGCGAUGGGGGUUGGUGGAAAUUGA